AGAUCAUACCCAUUUGCCGUCUGUUAUAUGGGUAUCACAGGAGUUGAAUUAUGUGUUGAUUCUUCACAUUCUGACAAUGAAGCUAAAUAUGUGAGACGAUCUUGCACUCCAAAUGCGAAGGUUGUGCACAUAUUGGAUAAGAAUGGCUUGAGGUUUUUCAUAUGUGCCACAAAAACCAUUCCUCUUGGUAAAGAGAUCACCAUACCAUUCUACUUUGAUUACCACAGAAGGUCUGCUUGCAUGUUUAUAUAA